AUGUCAACGCGCGCCAUUCAGAAUCUGGAUGUAGAUCGUGGGACCGCGGGCAGGAGAGGCUCAUCGGACAAGCUCUCGUGGCUUUUCUUGUUCAUGGUGCGUAUCGAGCGAAGUGCGCUGCCAUCGACGCCACCUUCCUUCUUGCCGGCCUAUCGCUCACACCAGGCUCCAUCGGCCAUCCCUGCAUCUCGCCUCCUCUCAUUCACAGAUCAUCUGGGUCGUCGCCUCGACUUUCAAGUGAGCAAGUGGAAACUUGGAUGGCUUGAAGCGGCUGCAUCUCUGAGGCGCAAGCUCACGCGCCAGCCUGCCUCUUUCUGCAAUCGCAGCUACGGCUUUGGCAUUGUGAGAUGGCUUCUUCUUCUCGACGAGAGACUGGCUGAUGACUGACAACUGCUUUCAACAGUCCGAGCUCAAUGCUUUGGCUUCAGCGCUUACGUGCCCCAGCCGAGGUGCUGUUUCGGCAAGCUUCAAGUUGCCUGUAUGCUUUGAGAUUUCAUCAAGCAGCUUUGGCAUCGUUACGUGCGUUGCCUGAGCUGCUUACUAGCAGUCGUGAGUGCACUUGCUGACACUUCAUGUCUCACGCUCCUCCGACAGCGCCCUCUUCACGUUCGGAGGUCUCUUGGCCUCGCUGCUGUUGUCGCCGAUCUCUGCCCGAUUGAGAUGGACACGCAGGCAGACGCUCGGGGUAGCAGCUACCAUCAACUGUCUAGGUACGGCAUCGCAAGCGUUUGCUCCCGCAUCCUGGCUGCUGGGCUUGGGGAGGGGCUUGAUGGGAAUGAGCGCAGGUAUCGCAAUAGCUGUUGUUCCUGCUUAUCUGAAGUGAGUUCUGCCGGACUGCCGCAAUUCCAUCAGAAUGAUCUGACGUUUGUCUGCUCGCGAUCAUAGCGACUUGGCCCCUCCACACCUGCAAGGCUCAAUAGGUGUCUUGAAUCAACUAUCGAUCGUCAUCGGUAUUCUCAUCGCCCAAGCUUUAGGCGUCUCUCCUCUCGGCGCUCCAGCGAGCUCGAAGCACAUCACUUUUGCUGGCUGGAGAUGGGUACCGAUAGUCUCCUUUGCGAUUUCCCUUUUGCAGCUUCUUUGCUUCCGCCUCAGCAUUGAUUCUCCGCGUGAAGCAGGCCCACUGCGGGAGAAGACUCUUCGAGCUAGGCUAGCGGGUCGCAACGCCGGAAGUGGGCUAGAUGAAGAGUCGGAAGAACAAGAAGGCCUACUCGAUUCCGAGGUCCCCUCGCGUUCAGACACAGAGAGCGCUCGGGCUGAGAAGCCUAUGGAACUAAAAGAGCUGAUCCAGACUGUGACGAGCAGAGAUGGUGCAGCUGGGGCAAAGAGCUUGCGCAAGGGAGUCGCACUCAUUGUCCUUACACAGCUGUCGCAGCAGCUUUCUGGCGUGAAUGCAGUUCUGUACUACAGCGUAAGUGGACCGCCAAAGUUUGAUGCAGUACGCUUUGCACCGACACUCUUCGCACACGACAGUCCAGCAUCCUCUCGGACGCCCUUGGAGCGGGAUCCGAUGGUCACGGUUCCAGUGACAGCGAGGCGACCGCAAAACUCAUUGCACUUGGUAUAACGGUGAGGAGGAUCCGCGCGCUGACCUGCACGUCAUGGCUCACUGAAAUUCACCCAUCUGUGAUGUUUGAAAAAAGAUUAUAAACGCCCUGAUGACGUAAGUACGUUGACGUUUGAGGUAAAGCUGUUGCUCAUGCGCAUCUUUCCUCGUCGGCGAACAGUUUCCCGCCUCUGUAUCUGGUGUCCGAGUCUCGUCUGGGUCGCAAGAGUCUGUUGCUCCUCUCUGCAGGUGUCAUGUGCGCUUCGAACGCCGUUCUUGCCGUUGGCAUCGUCAACAACAUUUCCAUCUUGUCGGCGCUGAGCAUCGUGACAGUCGUCGCAGGCUUUUCGCUUGGCUUGGGACCUGUCCCUUUCCUGAUCCUUCCGGAGCUCGUAGAGCCUAGGGUGAGUCGUAUGUGCUGCUUGCGAUGGACUCCAUGUAUUCACGUGAUUACGCUUCCCACAGGCGGUGACCUCGGCAUCAGCGCUAGGUGUUUCGUUGAAUUGGACGGCAAACCUGCUCAUCGCCUCCUUUUUCCUGCCGCUCCGCAACUUGCUCGCAAGCGUGGACGGAGGCUCUGGAGGAAGCGUCUUUGCUAUUUUUGCUGUCAUUAACGCAGCUUCUGUACUUGGCAUACAGAGGUGGUAUGCUUACGAGUGGAUAGAUCAGCACGAUUGA